CUUGAUGAUGGCUUCGAAAAUCAUCUUGUUUCAGUCGUGCUGCUUCAAUUUCCUCCUUGUUUUUUUGCACGUCGCAUAUGGAGACAGGAGCUAUUCUUUUCCAGAGGAGAUGAAACGAGGAUCGGUUAUUGGAAAUAUAGCCAAGGAUCUCGGGCUGCAAACGGGCGCGCUAUCUAACAGAAGAGCCCGCAUUGACAGCGAUGGGACUGACAAACGUUACUGUGACAUAAACCUGAAUAACGGAGACCUGAUUGUUGCCGACAGAAUUGACCGAGAGGGGCUUUGUGGCGAAAAGGCUUCGUGCAUCCUAAAACAUGAGCUUGUGCUGGAGAGUCCUCUUGAGCUCCAUCGGAUUAGUCUGCACAUUCAAGAUAUUAAUGAUAAUUCACCACAGUUUAACGAAGAAUCGAUCACUAUAGAAAUUCGAGAGUCCACAGUUAGGGGAGCUCGUUUUGCGAUAGAGGAGGCGCACGAUGCGGAUGUAGGCCAAAAUUCAGUUCAACAAUACAGCCUUAAAAAGAAUGAACAUUUCAUUUUGGCUGCAAAUGGAAACACAAUAGAGAUUGUUCUCGAUAAAGAGCUUGAUCGUGAGAAACAAAAAGAGAUGAAUUUGCUUCUCACAGCUCUAGAUGGUGGCUCUCCUCAGAGAUCAGGUACCGUUGUUAUACACGUCACUGUGCUGGAUGCUAAUGAUAACGCCCCAGUGUUCAGCCAGACCGUUUAUAAAGCCAGUCUGCCCGAAAACUCUCCUCCAGGUACAGUAGUUGUGAGAGUGAGUGCGACUGAUGCAGACGAGGGAGUCAAUGGAGAUGUGACUUACGACUUCGGACAUGUUACUGAAGAUGUGAAGAAGAUAUUUAGUAUUGAUCGUAAAGUAGGUGAGAUACGAGUAGUUGGUGCUGUUGAUUAUGAAACUACUACAACAUUUGAAAUACGCGUUAAAGCAAAAGAUGGGUUAGGGCUUUCAUCUUACGCCAAGGUAAUAAUUUCUAUCACUGAUGUGAAUGACAACGCCCCUGUAGUCAAUUUGAAAUCAUUGACGAGUCCCACACCAGAAGACACCCCAGCUGGUACAGAGGUGGGCAUCAUUAACGUGCAGGAUAGAGACUCUGAGAAUAACAGACAGGUCCGCUGCUCCAUUCAGCAAAAUGUCCCUUUUAAGUUAGUUCCCUCCAUUAAAAACUAUUAUUCUCUGGUGACCACAGGACAACUGGACCGCGAACUAGUGUCCGAUUACAACAUUACAAUCACUGCCACUGACGAGGGCUCUCCACCUCUGUCCUCCUCUAAAACCGUUCAGUUAUCUGUAGCCGACAUCAACGACAACCCACCGGUGUUUGAGGAACAGUCCUACAGCGCAUAUGUGAGUGAAAACAACAAACCCGGCUCCACUUUAUGUUCCGUGACUGCUCGAGACCCCGACUGGAGACAAAACGGUACAGUGAUUUAUUCUCUGUUACCGGGUGAGGUGAACGGUGCCCCGGUGUCGUCCUAUCUGUCUGUUAACGGAGACACGGGGGUGAUCCACGCUGCGAGGUCGUUUGAUUACGAACAGUUCAGGAGCUUUAAGGUCCACGUGAUGGCCCGAGACAACGGUUCUCCUCCGCUCAGCAGCAACGUGACCGUCAGUGUCUUCAUAUCGGAUGUGAACGACAACUCUCCUCAGAUACUGUACCCCGCCCCGGAGGGCAACUCCUUCAUGACCGAGCUGGUCCCCAAAGCUGCACACGGAGGUUCUCUGGUGUCCAAAGUGAUAGCGGUGGACGCGGACUCCGGCCAGAACGCCUGGCUGUCCUAUCACAUAGUCAAAUCCACCGAUCCGGGACUUUUCACCAUUGGUCUCCACAGCGGAGAGAUCAGGACCCAGCGGGACAUUUCUGAAUCUGACAGCAUGAAACAGAACCUCAUAGUGGCAGUGAAAGAUAACGGACAGCCCUCUCUGUCUGCCACCUGUUCCAUGUAUCUACUUAUCUCUGAUAACUUGGCUGAGGUGCCAGAACUGAAGGAUAUUUCCUAUGAUGAGAAGAAUUCCAAACUGACUUCUUACCUGAUCGUCGCUCUGGUGUCCGUGUCCACCUUUUUCUUGACCUUCAUUAUCAUCAUCCUGGGUGUGAGGUUUUGUCGCAGGAGAAAGCCCAGACUGUUGUUUGACGGAGCAGUCGCCAUCCCCAGCGCUUAUCUGCCUCCUAAUUACGCAGAUGUUGACGGCACAGGAACUUUACGCAGCGCUUACAAUUAUGACGCCUACCUGACAACAGGAUCUAGAACCAGUGACUUUAAGUUUGUGACAUCUUACAAUGACAACACGUUGCCUGCUGACCAGACUCUGAGGAAAAGUCCUUCUGAUUUUGCUGAUGCAUUUGGAGAAUUUGAAGGAUGUUCAGAGGUAUGA